AUGUUCCCUUCCAUGCAGCUUCAUUGAAUUUACUGCAUUCCUUGACAGCUUUCAUUGAUCUUGUGGAAACCAAUUCAAAGCAAUACUUUUUUUUUUCUUUUUGGAAAUGAUUACUUUGAUCCUAUUGUCAUGUUUCACCAUAUUAGUGUCUGCAGUACCAGUCCAUCCUAACGUCCUUCCUCCCCUGCUGUCACAACGAGGAACCACUCAAGCUCAAGCUCAAGUUCAGCCUAUUGAAGCAACAAACCAGAAACCUGAAUCUCACACUCUAGCACCGCUUUCCCCUAGCGUGAAUCAACCACAGCCUGGGGUCCCGCAGCAGCUGGGUCCCCAGGGUGGACCCCAGCUUGUUCCUUCACCGCAACACUACAUCUGGUCUCCACUAGGGGACAAUCUGAUGAUCAUCCCCCUACAGCCGAGCAUCCGUGGAUCUCAGCCUGCUAACCAGCCAGCACUCCCACAGCAGCCUCUGAUUUUCCCUCCUUAUGGAUACUUCCCUCUGUUUUCAUUACCACACAGAAAUCAGUUCUCCCCAUAUGGAUUCCCAACGACCCUUGAAGCACCUCUCCCACAAACACCAGCUAAUCAACCUCCAAACAGCCCAGUCUUACCUGCAGAAACGCCCGCUGAAGCUGCAGCUGCAGCUGCUCCUCAGCCAGUUCAGCAACAACAGGCUCCCCAAAUUGUAUACAUGCUACAGCAGCCCAUGAGCUCUCCUCUUGGCAGUCUCAGCUCAGAAGAGCUUCAGAUGGCAGCUAAAAUGAGCCAGCUGGGUGCCUAUGUGCCCACUGUGCUUACAAACCUGCCUACGGGAGCUGUUCAAACCGUAAGCCAGGCCGCUGGGCUCACCAACGUAGGACAGGCAGGCGUCGUGCCAACUGUGGUGACCUCGUCAUCUGGAGUCCCACAGGCCCAGGGGCUGGCCAGCACUGGACCUCAGCCCAACACUAACUGUGUCCCUGCAGCUUUGGAGAGAGCAGCACAGGAGGUGGUCACUGUCCAAACGCCUGUUCAACCUGCACUUCAACCCACACAGGGAAACCUUGUCUGAGGCUUCAGCUAUCAGCAGAGAUAACACAGAAAGAGAGAAGAUAAAACAUGUUUCUGAUUAAAACUAACAAUGAAGUUUCUUGUGUUUAAUCAUAGUAUUUUGCUAACUAUGGACAGUUUGUUUUCUUACUUUCAUUGUCUUUCCUUUUUUUAUACAAUAUAUAAUAAUAAAAAUUGGUAGAUGAAACAUGAACUGUUCCCCCCUUUUAAAGCCGUGUAUUCUUUGUUUUUGUAUUUUAGUUUAAAUGUGUUCUUUUAAAUCAGCAUUAACUAAUUUUUUUGGCUUCUUGGGUGCAGCAGAGAGGAGCUGUCAGCAACACUUGCAUCACCUUUAAAGCUGAUGUGAUGAACAUGCUACGUGUCCCCCAAACACAGAGUAACAGUAGGAUCAGUUAGGAGUCAGGUUUCUGGGCACCUGAUGAAAGUACAUCUAACGUUUACUCUCAUUUUACUCUGUUUUGGUUUCCACCAACUCUUGAAGCAAAAAGCUGGUUCUUUAACUGCUAAAUACUGUCAUGACUAGUCCUUUUGUUUUGUUUUGAACCCUUUUGUGGACUCUUGGACCUUUGUGGACUCAUUUUUAGUUUGUUUGGUCAAGUUUUAUUAGUAGUUCCUGUUUUAUUUUGAAGAGUUGGCCCUUGUGUAUCUUGUCUUGUUCUACUUCCUGUCUUUGUCUUGUUUCCCGCCAUUUGUGAUUGUCUGCCCCGCCCUAAUUAUUGUCACUUGUUUCCCAUUAUCUUGUGUCUAUAUAUUGUCUGCAUCUCCCUUUGUUUGGUGCCAGUUUGUCUUGUCUCUCGUCCAGUGAACUAGUCUUAUCUCUCAUCAUUGUAAACUCAAGUCAGGUUCUGUAUUUAUUUGUUACUUUAUUUCUUGUUUGGUUUUUGCUCCUUGUUCUAUUUUGCUAGAUUGAUUUUGUGUUUUGUACUUUUGUUUUUUUGUGCCCUUUUCCCCUUUAAGGGUGACUCUUAUUUUGCUACUUUGUAAGAAUAAACGUUAUUGCUUUUGA